GGUAGCACCAUUGGCAGCCCAGAGAUGCGUGAAAAGGCUGCAGAACUUGUGCACAUAGCUUGCAGGUACUUACUAAAGGAAAGAACUGAUGAUAGUAUUCUCCUAGCACUUGUAGUACGUGUGAUUGAUGCUUUGGUAAACUAUGGUAGCUUGGAAUAUGAUGAAUGGUCAAGUCAUGUUCAAGCUUGGAAGUUAGAGUCUGCUGCCAUCAUUGAGCCUCAAUGCAACUUUAUUGUUCCAUUCCAUGCUCAGGGCAAAAAGAGGUAUAUAUUGGUCCUACACUCUAGUAAAAAAAACAUUGAUAGUAGCAACACAAGGAACAAAAAAACAGUGCAACUAAAACACAAGCAUUCAGCUGCUUAUAUGGAUAUCCCUAUAGGGCUUAUCAUUUUUUUUAGAUUCUACUGGGCCUAUCAUGGAAAAAGGACAGUGAGAAUCGCAUCAUAGACCUCUAAAAUAGCCCAAUCAUGACGCUCAAGUCUCUAACCUAACAGAGGUGUAGCAUAGCACUCGGGAGUCUCAGAAGUCAGGCCCCAAACUUGCAUGGGCAUGGUACAUGUCCCCAAACUUGCAUAUAAUCUAGCAUGUACCCAAUAAGCAUGUACCCAAACUCGGGAGUAGCUAAGCACCAUUUCUCCAUCAAUAAACGGUACAAGAAGAUAUAGCAAGUGUUACCCCGUCGCUGAUUAGAAAACAAUGAUUCCUUACUUUUUGGUUCCAUAGUUGAGACAAGAUAACAACUACUUAUAUAGGGAAUAAG